ACAUCAAUAUUAUUAUUAUUAUUAUUAUUAUUAUUAUUAUUAGGAAAAAGAGGCUCACGGGAUAAUUACAUUCCACCUCUCAUUUCAUUUUUUCCAUUCUCAUUCUCAUUCAUCACGUUUCUCUCUCUCUCUCUCUCUCUCUCUCUCUGAAUUACAUAUAUAGAUACAUAGAGAGAUAUUGCAAGAGACAACAUACAACAUUAUACAUAGAUAGAUCAACAAGAAGAAGAGAUGGAGCUUGUUGAUACUACAAAGAUUCAACAACAACAUUUUCAUGUCUUGGCAGUUGAUGAUAGUGUCAUUGAUAGAAAACUCUUGGAGAGGCUCCUUAGAGAUUCUUCAUGCAAAGUUACAUGUGUGGACUCUGGUGACAAGGCUUUGAAAUAUCUUGGGCUUGUUGAUGAUGAUGAUGAACAUCAAAAUAAUAAUAAUAAUAGUUCUUCUUCAUCAACCUCUUCAGAAUCUUCUUCAUUUUCUAAUUCUUCUCCUUCUCCUCAUCCAUUACAACAAGAGGGAAUGAAAGUGAAUUUGAUCAUGACGGAUUAUUGCAUGCCUGGGAUGAGUGGCUAUGAUUUACUUAAACGAGUCAAGGGAUCUUCUUGGAAAGAUGUUCCAGUUGUGAUUAUGUCAUCAGAAAAUGUACCUUCCAGAAUCACCAUGUGCUUGGAAGGAGGGGCAGAAGAGUUUCUAUUGAAACCUCUUCAGUCAGAAGAUUUAAAGAAGCUUCAACCCUAUUUUCUGAAACCACUUGAUAAUAAUUCAAGUGAAGAAGGAGAAUCUACUAAUAGUUCUAUAGAUUCAGACAAUGAAAAUAAUCUCAUCAGCAACAAUAACAAUAUUAACAAUAAUAAUAAUAAUAAUAGUAUUAGCAAAAGGAAGGCUAUGUCUCCUGAUGAGCCUCCAGAAAGAUCAAGACCCAAAAUGAAAGGGUUGGAAGUGGUGUAAACAAAAUGAAAAGAAAAAAAAAAACAAAAUAGAGUGGUUUGAUUAUUUAUGCAUGCUCUAUAGUUUAUCCUUAUGACUAUGAUCUUAAUUAAUUAUCGUUUUUUUUCCCUUAACUCAUGAGCUUAAUUAAUGAAAUCCCAUCCAGGCCAGUAUUGCAAUUA